AUGAAGACGGCUGCAAAGAACUGUCUUUUAUCGGAUGGCGGUUAUGAUAUCGUUAAGUACCUAGAGCAUGGCUGUGGUGCACCCAUGACCAGCUCGGAAACCGGAUUGCACAGCGGAGAAGCCAUAACUGCCAAUCCAUCCCAACCAGCCAGCCCCCACCCCAACCUCCAGCCCCCACCACAACCUCCAGCCCCCACCCCAACCUCCAGCCCCCACCACAACCUCCAGCCCCCACCACAACCCUCCAGCUCCCACCCAACCCUCCAGACCUCACCCCAACCUUCCAGACCUCAUAUCAACCCUCAAGACCUCUCCCCAACUCUCCAAACCCCACAUCAAGCCUCCCAACCCUCCAGACCCUAUAUCAACCCUCCAGACCUGACUCCAACACUCCACACCUCACAUCAACUAUCCAGACCUCACCCCAACCCUCCAGACCUCACCCCAAUCCUCCAGACCCCACAUGAACCCUUCAGACCUCACAUCAACCCUCCAGACCUCUCCCCAACUCUCCAGACCCCACACCAACCCUCCAGACCUCACCCCAACCCUCCAGACCUCACCCCAACCCUCCAGACCCCACAUCAGCCAUUCAUUCAGACACCAACCCUCCAGACCCCACAUCAACCCUCCAGACCUCACCCCAAUCCUCCAGACCCCACAUCAACCCUCCAGACCUUACCCCAAUCCUCCAGACCCCACAUCAACCCUCCAUACCUCACCCCAACCCUCCAGACCUCACCCCAACCCUCCAGACCCCACAUCAACCAUUCAGACCCCAACCCUCCAGACCCCACAUCAACCAUUCAGACCCCAACCCUCCAGACCUCACAUCAACCCUCCAGACCUCACCCCAACCUUCUAGACCCCAUCCUGUUCUCUAGUUUCCCUCCAUAG